GGGGAGGGAGGGAAGGCAGAGAGGAGACAGAAGACAGAAGACAGAUGCCUUCACCUCGUUCCCCUCUCUGAGAGGAGAAAGGGGAGCAAAAGAAAAGGAAGGACAACUAAAUAAAACACCUCAGAUUUCAUGUGGAGAAAAUAUUUGAGGGAAUUUUCUCGAGGGGAAGACUUUUAUUUUUCUUGUGUAUGUAUUUCCUUUCGAAGUGCGUGGUAGAUCUGCUUGGACGAUGCAGGGAUCGUGAUGAUGAGUUCGUCCGGCUGCUGGGUGGCGAACGGGGCGAGUUUGGAGGAUUGCUACUCGAACCUCUUCUCUCUGGCUGACCUGCCUGGGAUUAAAUGGCGCCGUUAUUCGUGGCAAGGUCCUGUUGGGACACCACUUAUCAUCCCGGUGGCUGAAGAUGAUGCUAUUCUUUGCAGUUUUAGCCGUUGCUUGAAGGCUAAUGUACUUUGUGUCUGGCGAAGGGAUAUGACACCAGGCCAUAGAGAGCUUUGGAUUUUCUGGUGGGGAGAAGUUCCAAAUUUUGCCGAUCUCAUUCAUCAUGAACUCAAAGUUGAAGAGAAUGGAUUGUGGGAACAGGGUCUAUCUUAUGAGUGCCGAACUCUGCUUUUUAAGGCCAUUCACAACUUGCUGGAAAGGUGCUUGUUAAAUAGGAACUUCGUGCGGAUUGGAAAAUGGUUUGUAAAACCAUAUGAAAAGGACGAGAAACCAGUGAACAAAAGUGAGCACUUGUCCUGUUCCUUCACAUUUUUCUUGCAUGGGGAUAGUAAGGUCUGUACCAGUGUUGAAAUAAACCAGCACCAACCAGUGUACCGUCUGAGCGAAGAGCAUGUCACUGCUGCCCAGGCAUCCUCCAACCCCUUCCAAGUGAUCCUCAGCCCCUUUGGAUUAAAUGGUACACUGACAGGUCAGUCAUUCAAGCUAUCUGAUCCUUCCACUCUUAAACUGAUAGAAGAAUGGAAGCAAUUCUAUCCCAUCCAGACUGGCUCAAAGGAAACAACGGAUGACAAACAGGAGGAGUUAGAUUGGGAUGAUGACUCAAUAGCAGCUGUAGAAGUCAUUGUCGCUGGUGUGCGAAUGGUGUAUCCAGCUUGCUUUGUCCUGGUGCCUCAGCCUGAUGUUGCGACAACUGUUAUGAGCAACACCACUGGAUCUUCACAUUGCACAGCUGCAUAUUCAAGUGCCCACCAAGUGCCUGCCCCAAUGAGGGAUCCUGCCAUUUCCUCUGUGACCUUGACUCCACCCACAUCACCAGAAGAGACUGAAACGGCUGAAAUUCAAUCCACCCAGAAAUGGACGAAGCUAACUUCCGUGCCCGAAGGAUUUAAUAUAGAGAAUUCUGGGCAUGGUGGGAAGAUCCCGAGAAAAUUAGCCAAUCAGGUUGUAGAAAAUGUGUGGCAGGAGUGCAAUCUCAACAGAACCCAGAAAAAGCGAAAGUUUUCUACUGUGAAUGGCUGUGAAGAAGACGCACCAGACAAAGAGACAUCCUGGGAUUUUGUUGAAGCCAGGCAUAGAGUGAAUUGCAAUUGUUCGAGGCAUAAGAACAAAAGAGGCACUGGAAUGCAAGGACAGUCUCAGCCUCCAGGCCCACAAAUGCCAACAGCACUCAAGCACAAAAUAAAUGACAAGCAAGAAAAGGGGGAUAAACAACAGAAGCGACCACUAACUCCAUUCCAUCAUCGUAAUUCAGUAUGCGAUGAUGUUUCAGUGGAACAGGACUCAGCCAAUCACAGACUUGGAAUCAGGCCACAGGACAGUAGAGGAAGAUAUCCAAAUGCAAGGCCUAGUGACCAUAGCUCUACAAAAUCCUCACAGUUACACAUGCCAGAGAUGGCAAACUCACCGCCACCACCACCACUCAGCCCCCAUCCAUGUGAGAGGGGUGAGGAUGUUGGAGAUGCAUUUAAAAACCCUUUGACACCUCACAGUCAAUCAUUCUGCCAGAUGCCUGCACCAGAUCCACUACUUCCAGCCAAAGCUGUUGAGGAAAGGAUGGAGACGCUUCCCACCCAGGCUUUCCCGUUGGGUUUUCCUGAAGUCAUGGAACCUACAACCUACAGCAGCAGUGCAAUCCAGUUGGAAGAUGAAGGGCUUAGUGUCACGUGGAAAUGUUAUCGACUGCCCUCUCGGGUUGAAAAUGAUUUUGCACCACCACAACUGCCAUUAGACAAAUACAGGGAGGAGUACACUGCAGCAAGUAACCCAGAACAUGCACUUCCAUCUGCCUCAGAAACCAUAUACCCUCACCAUUGUGUGAGAAAGGGCCACAGUCUCCUAACAGACUGGAACAAUUACUUGGUCACACCCACUUCCAUUAAGAUUUCUGAAGAGCGGGUUCAGGCCUACAUCCAGAGAAUAAACCAAUGUUACAAAAGUUGUCGCCUGGAGGCGGAUUCCAAGUCAGAAGUUGAUCCAUAUGCAUUUGAUGAUGGAGAUGAGGAGUUCAGCUUUCCUGAUAAGAAAGACAAGCAAGCCACUGAGAGAGAUCCUGGAAGGAAGCAUACACAGAAGGGAGACAGCGAAAGUGCUGGCACAUCCCAUUCAACAUUGCCGGUAGAUGGAGAGGACGCCAUAUUGCUAUUCAAUUCUGGAACAAAGCCGGAUGGACAAAAAUCACCCUCGCACAAUCGGACUGCAUCCACUAGUCUCAUGAAUGAGGUUGAUUUGGUUGUUUCAUACAAAGACCUUGACAAUCUGUUUGAUGAUGAGGAUGAGCUUGUGCAGGCUAUUUCUCGAACUGCGCAUGUUGGAUUGGAUGAAAAAAUGGGCAAUAGGGAUUCAAAAGCAGGGCCUUUUGAUGCAUUCCCCUGUAUAAGCUCUGCAGAUCUCCAGCAAAUGUUUCCCACACCUCCAUCCUUGGAGCAACAUGGUCCAGGCUACUCUCCAAUGAAUAUUAACUGCAAAGAGUUUGGAGGCUUGGAUAACACUCCAGGAAUGACUCUGGAUGGCCAUCAUUUUACUACAACGAGUCUGAAUCAUUUCAAGGUUGAAGUCGAGGAGGGGAUGGGGAGCCCUAAACCUUCGGAGAUCAAGGAUUUUUCUUAUGUCUAUUGCCCUGAGAAGUGCCAUGGUUAUGUGGGUUGUACUAUGUUUGCACCACUGAAAAUUUUACCAAGCCAGUGUAUGCCUCCUGUCAAACUACUAGAGGAGUGUAUCUACCGUCCGUCAUGGACAGUUGGCAAGCUAGACCUGCUUCCUCCUGUACCUCCCAUGCCAUAUAUCCGGGACAUAAACAUUCCCAGCGUUGGCAGUGGUAUGGAUCAGGAUUACAUUCAGACUUGCACACCACAAAUGCAUACCCCAUUUGGAGUGACGAAUAGUGCUCCUCCCAGUAAUAGUGGCGCUGGUGUCCUUCCAUCACCUGCCACUCCACGCAUCUCUGCACCUACUCCAAGAACACCAAGGACGCCACGCACUCCUCGUGGUUGUGGGGGCCCAGCUAGUGUCCAAGGCUCGUUGAAAUAUGAGAAUUCUGAUUUGUAUUCACCUGCCUCCACGCCUUCAACUUGUCGCCCGUUAAAUUCAGUAGAACCUGCAACAGUGCAAUCCAUCCCAGAGGCACACAGCCUUUAUGUGAACUUAAUUUUAUCUGAUUCCAUUAUGAAUCUCUUUAAAGACUGUAGCUUUGACAGCUGCUGCAUCUGUGUCUGCAACAUGAACAUCAAAGGAGCCGAUGUUGGUUUAUACAUCCCAGACCCUACCAAAGAAUCUCAGAUCUCCUGCACAUGUGGAUUUAGUGCUGUCAUGAACCGAAGGUUUGGAAACAACUCUGGGCUCUUUUUGGAGGAUGAAGUGGAUAUCAUUGGGCGAAACACAGAUUGCAGUACUGAGGCUGAAAAACGAUUAGAAGACCUCAGGAAUGUUUCUCUUGAACAAGGAGAAGGAGGCCCUAAGGAGCCCUUGAAAGUGCCUGAUGAGUUAAUAUUGCUACUUCAGGACCAGUGCACUAAUCCCUUCUCCCCAUUGAGAUCAGUGGAUCCUUCAAUAGUGGCAAAAUUGCGGACAGUGGGACCACCAGUGCGUGUGGAGGAUAAAGAUUAUCACAGGGAAUGUUAUACAGCUUUGGAGCAGGGAUAUCAGUUCAUGGAAAAUACAUCAGGAGGAAAGCUUGAUGAAGCACUCAUGAAAAACUCUUGUUUGCAUCUAUGGUCAAGAAGAAAUGCUGUGGAUGUCAGUAUGCUGUGUUCACAAGAUCUUCUGCGCCUGCUUCUCUCACUUCAACCUGUUCUGCAGGAUGCCAUUCAAAAGAAACGAGCAGUUAGGUCAUGGGAGAGCAUUCAGCAUGUGCAAGGGCCGCUCACUUGGCAACAGUUCCACAAAUUGGCUGGUCGGGGAUCUUAUGGUACAGAUGAGUCUCCAGAGCCAUUACCCAUCCCAACAUUUAUGUUGGGUUAUGAAUGCGAUUUUUUGGUGUUGUCACCAUUUGCAUUGCCGUACUGGGAGAAGCUGCUCCUUGAGCCAUAUGGAUCACAGAGGGAUAUUGGGUAUGUGGUGGUUUGUCCAGAAAACGAAGCGCUUUUAAAUGGAGCAAGGAGUUUCUUUCGUGAUCUCAGUGCAGUCUACGAGUCCUGCAGACUUGGACAGCACAGGCCUAUCUCAAAAUUGCUUCCUGAUGGCAUCAUGAAAGUGGGGACCAAAGCAGCCUUGAAAAUUGCAGAGCAGCCGGUAAUUGACUGGUUCUCUCAGCACUGUGUGAACACCAGCAGUGAAGCAUUUUCCAAACUGAAACUUUAUGCUCAAGUAUGCAGACAUGAUCUAGGCCCAUAUCUUGCUGGUCAAACACUGGACAGUUCUUUGUUGUCACAACCUAACCCAGUUUCCCCACCCAGUCGGUCCACUACUUCUCAGACUCCAUUACAGAGUUCUACUGGGGCUUCAUCUGCUGCAGCCUCUAACUCCACUCCUGUACUGGCCGGUACUUUAACAAACACUGCUGUAGCCUCCACGGUUGCCGCUGCCACUUCGAGUGUGCCCUUGGCCAAUGCAUCAUCUGCUGUAAAACAGUCUUCCUCCUUUUCAUCCUUUGCACAUUUGAACAACUCCUCUAGUGCUGUGACGACGCAGGGAUCAGCCACCCAGAGUGGACAACUAUCCCAGCAGAAUACUGGAACAUCCAGUGACUCGGCAACAGGUGGAACAGGGCAGCAGCAUCAGGAUCCUCCAGAGAGCACCAUGGAAAGGGAUAAAAUUGGGGUCCCAACAGAGGGGGAAUCCCAUGCUGUUACUUACCCACCGUCUAUUGUUGUGUACAUUGUGGAUCCUUUUACAUAUAAUACAGAAGAUGAAAGUUCGUCGUCUUCAAAUGUUUGGGCACUCGGGCUAUUACGCUGCUACUUAGAGAUGAUCCAUUUCUUGCCCCAGAACAUCAAAAAUGCAAUAUCCGUGCAGAUCGUUCCAUGUCAGUAUCUUUUGCAACCUGUGAAAAAUGAUGAUCGACACCUCUAUUCCCAGCACCUUAAAUCACUGGCAUUUUCUGUGUUCACUCAAUGUCGGAGAUCCUUACCACCUUCCACCUACGUCAAAGCACUGACUGGCUUUGGCCCAGGACUGGCCUUAGACAGCACCUUAAAGAGUCCAGAUAGGCCGGAGUAUUUGCGCAUUUAUAGCCCACCAUUUAUUUUGGCUCCUGUGAAGGAUAAGCAGACUGAGCUGGGGGAGACAUUUGGAGAAGCUAGCCAGAAGUACAAUGUUCUUUUUGUUGGUUAUUGCUUGUCACAUGACCAGAGGUGGCUGCUUGGAACAUGUACAGAUCUCUAUGGAGAACUGCUGGAAACCUGCGUCAUUAAUAUAGAUGUACCAAACAGGGCUCGUAGGCGGAAAGGUUCGCCCAGGAGAAUGGGUCUGCAAAAGCUCUGGGACUGGUGUUUGGGUAUUAUGCAAAUGACAUCACUGCCUUGGAGAGUUGUCAUUGGACGCCUUGGGAGAAUAGGACAUGGAGAGCUGAAAGACUGGAGUUGCUUGCUUGGUCGUCGCACUUUGCAAUCCCUCAGCCGGCACCUAAAGGACACGUGCAAGAUGUGCGGUAUUUCUGCAGCUGAUUCUCCAAGCAUCCUUAGUGCUUGUUUGGUUGCAAUGGAACCACAGGGGUCAUUUGUGAUAAUGCCUGACUCUGUGUCAGUGGGAUCAGUGUUUGGCCGUGGCACAUCUCUCAACAUGCAGACGUCACAGCUGAGCACACCACAGGAUACAUCGUGUACGCACAUUCUGGUGUUCCCAACCUCGGCUAUGGUGCAGGUGCAAACUGGGAACUACGAAAUAAAUGGUUGGUUAGAAUUCGGGAUCUUUGAAUUGCUGGACCCAGACGAUGAUCUAAUAAUAAACUUGCCAGCAUCUCCACCCACACCACCGGCACAUUCACCGGGCUCUCAUUAUCCACAUGGUGGUGAUACGAGCAAGGGACAGUGCACAGACCGCCAGGAAUCUCAUGACGGUAACCAUCUGCAGCAGCCCCUGGCACUAGGAUAUUUUGUCUCAACAGCUAAGGCUGGGCCACUUCCCGAUUGGUUUUGGUCAGCCUGCCCUCAAGCACAGAACCAAUGUCCACUUUUUCUCAAGGCCUCCUUGCACCUCCAUGUGCCUUCAGUGCAUUCAGAUGAAUUGCUCCAUAGUAAGCACUCCCACCCACUUGAUUCAAACCAAACCUCUGAUGUGCUCAGGUUUGUUCUCGAACAGUACAACGCUCUUUCUUGGCUCACCUGUGACCCUGCCACUCAGGAUCGCCGCUCCUGUCUCCCUGUUCACUUUGUGGUACUGACACAGCUGUACAACUUCAUCACGAGCAUGUUGUAGACCAGGCAAAGGAGCUGCCAGGGAUUCAGGACUAACUCUUAGAAAAGGGAUGUCGUUUGAGAGCAUCAUUGAGAGCAGGAUUCUGUGGGAAGGGAAGCGGACAAUACUCAUGGAAAACAUGGAGGGAUUUGUGAAAUUGGGUCUGAAGGACCGGACCCGAG